AUGAAGAACAAAUUUCGUGAGGUUCUGCCAUUUCGGCGCAAGCAGGCUACAGCCACUGACCCAGGUCCUUAUGAGCCUAUCGACUCUUCAAAGGAGGAGAUCAGGAUCAUACACCUUCUCCCCGGUGACUUUGACGACACGAUAAACCUGGAGCUGGCAACGGUCUCUCUCGCGAGCAAUCCAAAACCACAGUAUGACGCCCUAUCCUACGUCUGGGGUCAAGAGCAAUGCCAGACCCCAGCUUUCGUCAACGGCAGACCGGUCACCGUUACCUCGAACCUGGACAUUGCACUGCGCUACUUCCGGCAUCAACAUGACGAGAAGACACUGUGGGUGGACGCGGUGUGCAUCAACCAAAAGGAUAACAUGGAGAAAGGCCCACAGGUGCAGAUGAUGGGACAGAUCUACUCCAAGGCAGCCCAGGUCCUCGUAUGGCUAGGCCCAGCCGCCGACGGCAGCGACGAGCUUUUGGAGCGUAUGUCUCAAGGUUUGACCGAAGAGGAGAUAGCAGACCCGACGCUCCAGAACGCCUCGCUCGCCCUGAUGGGCCAGCCAUGGUUCACGCGCAUCUGGGUCCAGCAGGAGAUCGCACUGGCCGCGCGUGACCCAACAAUGCGUUGUGGUAGACAUGCCUUGUCUUGGGCGGACUGGUGUCUCUAUACGCUGAGAUUCCUGUUCGCGCUCGAGGACGCAUUCCGAGAGGUAAUGCAUCGACAGGCGAUGGAGGGUGUUGCCAUCCAGCCACUCGAGUCCGACAAUGAGGAAGUCGCGGAAGAGAAACACCAAAAGCUUUUGAAGCAUAUCGAAAACAACAAAAGGGCGAUGGCCAUCCAGAAAGCUCUGCUCACGCUGGAGAAUCUCGCGUCCCUCCGAGCGAGAGUUGAGAUGGCGUCGGGGACUUAUAAUGACAAGAUGUUUGAGAUCACGGCCUACGUCAAAGCACAAAAGGACCCUCAGGCCAUAGCAUCGGUGAGCGGUACCAACAAACCACCUCUUAGCGCUGACGAGCUGAAGAAGUUGUUCAAAGAAAUGGGAAUGGGCGAGGAGGCCAUGAGAGACUAUAUCAAGUCCUACGUUGGUCGCGAUGACCCAACAGAGUUUGCACAGCUCCUAGGCACAGUUUCGCACCUGGAUGCCACAGACGACCGGGACAAGGUGUUCGGUAUCUUGGGGCUGGCCAAAUUUCUGGGCGAGCCGAUCAAGGCCGACUACGACAAAAAUAAGAGGCAAGUAUAUUCAGAAGCCAUGGCCACCAUAAUUAGGGACAGCCUGGAUCUCAGCUAUACCAGGCUGUCCAUCGUCGAUUCCAAAAAGAAGGGCCUGCCGUCUUGGGUGCCUGAGAUAGGCGGCAAGACCCUGCGCGGCGCGGAUAUCUUACCAACCUAUCGUGCGGUUGAAACUGCGAUGCGCUCGGCACGUGCGAACAUUACGCCUGCAACGUUCUCAAAUGACUACCAGACGCUCACAGUUGGGGGUGCCGAGCUCGGCCGCGUAUCGGUAGUCAUUGAAACGCCGGUCAUGGAGGAUCCGGAGUUGACCGACCCUGACGAGAGGUUCACCCUAAAGGAUGAGCUCAAGUCCUUGAUUGAUGAAAAGGGCAUCCCCCUGAGAACGGUGUGGGAAACCUUGAUAGGUAGUCGUGUGAUGAACUUGCUUACGGAGCGCGAUGCAACUUGGGACGAUGGUCAGAUGGAGCUGCUUCGAAGCGACGCAAAACUUCAUCAGGCUGUUACUAUAAUGUGCGGGCAAGAACACCGGGAUCCACAAGGACUGCAAGAUCGUCUGAGCCAGGCCGAUCUGAGGUUCCUCAGGCUCCAGUUCUAUGAGACAUGUCGAAAAGCCACCUUGUUCUUCACGGACACAGGAAAGCUGGGCCUAGUAAUAGGGAGGGUGGCAAAGGGAGACAUCGUGGCGGCACUAUUUGGAGUCGGGAUGACUUUUGUUCUGCGAAGAGCUUCCUCUCUUUCGACUUUCAUGAAAGAACUCGGCAAAAAGGAACGAACGCAAGAACCUACAUACGAGAUGAUCGGGACGUGCCACGUUGGGGGGCACAAGUUGGGGCACGUGUAUGAGGAAUAUGGCUUUCACAACUUUGUCAUCAAUUGA